ACAGAAUAAGUACUGAAAAAGCCAUGAUGAACUUUAAGUGCACAGUUUAUAACAAAGCUUUAAAAUUCAAAUUCACUCAUAUAAUUCUCUAAAAAUACCUCACAUGCCAACCUAGGAAGUAAUCAAAGCUGACAAUGUUAACUUAUAGAAAACAAAAACGUGAUACGCAACAAGCAGCUUUCUUGAGACAUAAGUAGCAAUGCAGAGAUUUACAUUUUACAUGUACAUAAUCUCCUUAUGUUCUCAUUUCUUAUGAUCACAGGGCAGAGGGAGUACUGGGACCAAAGCUUGUAAAAUGUAUCUCACUGCUUUACUUUGCUGUAAGGCAGCAGCAGUGCUAACCUCUGAGCCACUGCACUGUCUAUAUGUACAUGUACAAGAUGUCUGGGAAUCUAUGAGGUUUAGAGUAUUUGUAGUUAAAUAGCAGCUCUUGAAUCUUAUUUGCUUACUUCUGUAUUACUUAAAAAUAUUCAUUAGUCCUCCUGGUACAGCUGAGGUUGGAUUCAGGAACAAACUGCAUUGAGACCCUCCCAAAAUUAGUGGCAAUUUUUGGAUGGUGAGUCAAUUAUAUAUACUCGGGGCCUUGAAUUAAUUGGAACUAAUGAUGAAAAAUCACCAAUUUGUCCCAUUUCAUCUGUUCACCUCAGUGUGAGCAUGCAUUAUUCCUCCUCAACUUUCCUGUUCCUUCCUUCUGUUCAUACUGAGAAGCUUUAAAAUUAAACUGUGGCGUUUACACACACAUAAUGCAGAUUUGUUAAAUAUAUAUUUACAUACAUGUUUUUCAUAGGUUAUGUGUAAGAAUAGUAUUUAGAGGUAGCCUAACUUGAGUUUCACGUGUAGAGUAUGUGCAAGCUGUGAACAGUGACUAAUGUCCUACAAAGACCCUGAAACUUCAAGACUCUUUAACUAUCUUUAGCCAUCUGACAGGUUACUUUUUUCAGUAAUGGUGAAAAUGCAUACAUUUACAGCUUACAACAAAAGUGGCUUUAUUAGGAGGUAAGCAUUUCCUCUAAUCCAGUAGGUAUUUCCUCUAAUCCGGGAGGAGAGUGUUUAAAUAAACCACUAUGGAGGCUGAGGGUCACAGAAUGAGGUAAACACCAGCUUGGCUGUCUGCAUAUUUUUUACUCGCACAAUCUAACACUUAGUCAGGCCGUAGGAAACACACCUUCACAGGUAACAGGUGUGAAGUCGAAUCCAUAGGUUCCUACAAUCAAGACCAUCAGCAGUAGAUCAAAAUGAUUUUUCUAAUGGACCUCCAGAUGAUGCUGCUGGAUGUGAUUUACUUCAUCCUGCGCAACUCUGUACGGGUUGUCAUGCGCCCGCGCACCAAGCCAAUUGAUGGCGAGCUGGUGCUGAUCACCGGAUCAGGUGGCGGCCUGGGUCGUCUCUUUGCUCAGGAGUUCACCAAGCAUGGGGCAGAGGUGGUGCUGUGGGACAUCAACGGCACUUUGAACGAGCAGACAGCCAAGCUGGUGCGUGAGAUGGGGGGUAAGGCGCACACCUACACGGUGGAUGUGACCAACAGGGAGGAUGUGUAUCGCAACGCAGAGCUUGUGCGAAAGGACCUGGGCCGGGACGUUACAAUGCUGGUGAACAACGCUGGAGUGGUGGCUGGGGAGCGCAUGUUAGACUGUCCCGAUGAACUGAUAGAGAGGACCAUGAAAGUCAACUGCCAUGCACUCUUCUGGACAGUGAAGGCCUUCCUCCCUCAGAUGAAGGCCCAGAAUCAUGGACACAUUAUCACCAUCGCCAGCAUCCUUGGUCUCUUCAGCACAGCUUGUGUCGAGGAUUACUGUGCAAGUAAGUUUGCUGCAGUCGGCUUCCACGAGUCUCUGGCCCAUGAGCUGCUGACUGAGGAGUUUGAAGGAGUGAAGACUACUCUUGUGUGCCCCUAUAUCGUGGACACAGGCAUGUUUGAAGGCUGCAAGAUACGGGAGGAAGUGGAACUGCUCCUACCCCCUCUGGAGCCCCAGUACUGUGUUGAGCAGGCCAUGAAUGCCAUCCUGAUAGACCAACCAUUAGUGUGCAUCCCUCGCCUCACAUACCUGCCUUUUCUUUGCAGAGCAUUGUUGCCAUGGGAAUCCAAUGUGGUUACGUAUCGUUUCAUGGGGUCCGACAGGUGCAUGUACCCCUUCAUUGACGCCAGGAAGAAACAAAUGUCUAAUACCCCCGUUACGGUUGCAUAACCGUACCUAAGUACAGUUAAGACAACUUUUGGGAGUCAGAACCUUAACAUUUAUAUCAAAUUUUCUUUGCAAAAAAAUGAAAUAAUAAAAAAUAAAAUCCUUCUGCUUGUUUGGACAGCAGUGGGCCAAACUGCCCAGCUAUACAGCCAGGAUUCAAUAACAUACAGAUGAUCUGAAGUAAUGCAAAGGCCAGUCGGAGGGGGCUUUAGAUCUUUAGACUGAUCAUUCAGAAGUGUGUAAUAGAUGACGACUCAGCCAAGUGGUCAUCAGCAUUCCAAAAACAUUUAAAUAAUGUUCAGAUGAAGUUUAAAGUCCCUUCAAACUGUUUUCACCAAUGAUAUAAUAAAAUACUGAACAGUGACUGAAUGCUGGACUGGCCAAAAGGGGAAUAGGAGUGUCUUUAAUAUCUGUAAAUUAAUAAUUUACCAGAUUAUUGUGCUGUAUUAUGUUAACCUAAAAUAAAAUAAUUGCAAACCACUA